UGGGAGUUGUAGUCCCCCUUUGCCGCGCCUCACGCCCGCGCGGAGCACGCCGGGAGCGUGACGCGGUCAGGUGACGGGCAGGGUCACAUGACGGCGGGCGCUGGAGCCGGAAGCGGGAGCGCAGCGGUGGCCGCCCGGGGGUGAUGACAUGGCCUCUGCCAGCUCCAGCAGGGCCAGGGCAGGGCCGCCCUGCGAGAAGUCCCAGCUCUCCGUGAAAGUGGUGUCCGUGAAGCCCAAGGCCCAGAGCCGGCAGCCGCGGCUGAGCUGCUACGUGGAGGUGGCGGGCGACGGGCUGCCCAGCGAGACCAAGAAGACGGGGAAGCAGAUGGGGAGCUCGGAGCUGCUGUGGAACGAGAUCCUCGUCCUGAACGUCACGGCGCAGAGCCACCUGGACCUGAAGGUGUGGAGCUGCCACACGCUGAGGAACGAGCUGCUGGGCACCGCCUCCGUCAGCCUCGGGAACCUGCUCAAGAGCGGUGGGAAACUGGAGAACAGGCAGCUGACCCUGAACCUGCAGACGGAGAACAAAGGCAGCGUUGUCUCCGGCGGGGAGCUGACGAUUUUCCUGGACGGGCCUGCUGUUGAUCUGGGAAGCCUGCCUAAUGGCAGCGCCGUGACAGAGGGGUCCCAGGUGCCCGGACGGGACCCCAGCAGCAUGGCUGCGGCCACGGAGAGCAGACAGCAGCCCCCCGCUACCAACUGCUUCGGAAGCAGGUCGAGGACACACCGGCACGCAGCUGCAGCAGCCCGGCAAGGCGCGGGGAGUGGGGAGCAAAGUCCCAGCACCAGGAGCCGGCACCGGCAGCCGGCCAAGAGCCAGGCGCCCGCGAGCACCAUGAACGGCACGGCCAACGGCACGGUGAACGGAGAUGUGACCGCUGCUGCGGACGUCGAAGAGGAGAGGCCAGCUGCGGGAGCGACCACGCCGGCUCCGGUGGCGUCGAGCGCGGCGGAUGGCUCCGCGGCUCCUGCGCUGAGCAGCUCCGGGGAGCCUGAGGAGGCAGCGCCCGGCUCCGGCACCCCGCAGGCCCGGGCAGCGGUGCUGGCCCUGGAUGCUCUGCCCCCGGGGUGGGAGCAGCGGGAGCUGCCCAACGGCAGAGUCUACUACGUGGACCAUAACAACAAGACCACCACGUGGGAACGACCGCUCCCUCCGGGGUGGGAGAAGCGCGUGGACCCGAGGGGCCGCUACUACUACGUGGACCACAACACCCGGACCACCACGUGGCAGCGCCCCACGGCUGAAUACGUCCGGAACUACGAGCAGUGGCAGUCCCAGCGAAACCAGCUCCAAGGGGCCAUGCAGCAGUUCAGCCAAAGGUUCCUGUACCAGUCGUCCGGCGCCCCGUCCGACAAUGAUCCUCUUGGCCCCCUUCCUCCCGGCUGGGAGAAGAGACAGGACAAUGGGCGAGUGUAUUACGUGAACCACAACACGCGGACCACCCAGUGGGAAGACCCUCGCACGCAGGGGAUGAUCCAGGAGCCACCCCUGCCGCCCGGCUGGGAGAUGAAGUACACCAACGAGGGCGUGCGCUACUUCGUGGACCACAACACUCGCACCACCACCUUCAAGGACCCGCGCCCUGGAUUCGAGUCCGGGAGCAAGCAGGGGGGAUCGCCGGGGGCGUACGACCGGAGCUUUCGCUGGAAGUACCACCAGUUCCGCUUCCUCUGCCACUCGAACGCCCUGCCCAGCCACGUGAAGAUCAGCGUUUCCCGACAGACGCUCUUUGAGGACUCCUUCCAGCAGAUCAUGAACAUGAAGCCGUACGACCUGCGGCGCCGCCUGUACAUCAUCAUGCGGGGAGAGGAGGGCCUGGACUACGGCGGCAUCGCCAGGGAAUGGUUCUUCCUCCUGUCCCACGAGGUGCUCAACCCCAUGUACUGCCUCUUCGAGUACGCUGGCAAAAACAACUACUGCCUGCAGAUCAACCCUGCCUCCUCCAUCAACCCCGACCACCUCACCUAUUUCCGCUUCAUCGGCCGCUUCAUUGCCAUGGCUCUGUAUCACGGGAAGUUCAUCGAUACCGGCUUCACGCUCCCCUUCUACAAGCGGAUGCUGAACAAGCGGCCCACGCUGAAGGACCUGGAGUCCAUCGACCCUGAGUUUUACAACUCCAUCGUCUGGACCAAGGAGAACAGCCUGGAGGAGUGCGGCCUGGAGCUGUACUUCAUCCAGGACAUGGAGAUCCUGGGCAAGGUGACCACCCACGAGCUGAAGGAGGGCGGUGAGAGCAUCCGGGUGACGGAGGAGAACAAGGAGGAGUACAUCAUGCUGCUGACGGACUGGCGCUUCACGCGGGGCGUGGAGGAGCAGACCAAGGCCUUCCUGGACGGCUUCAACGAGGUGGUGCCGCUCGAGUGGCUGCGGUACUUCGACGAGAAGGAGCUGGAGCUGAUGCUGUGCGGCAUGCAGGAGAUCGACAUGAACGACUGGCAGAAGAACACCAUCUACCGGCACUACACCAAGAACAGCAAGCAGAUCCAGUGGUUCUGGCAGGUGGUGAAGGAGAUGGACAACGAGAAGAGGAUCCGGCUGCUGCAGUUCGUGACGGGGACCUGCCGCCUGCCCGUCGGGGGCUUUGCGGAGCUCAUCGGCAGCAACGGGCCCCAGAAAUUCUGCAUCGAUAAAGUUGGCAAAGAGACGUGGCUGCCUCGGAGCCAUACAUGCUUUAACCGCCUGGAUUUGCCUCCCUACAAGAGCUACGAACAGCUGAAGGAGAAGCUGCUUUAUGCCAUCGAGGAGACGGAAGGAUUUGGCCAGGAGUGAUGGAGCCUUGGUGCUCUCCCAGCGACUCCGGAGGUGCCUGAGGCGGGGAGGGCCCCGAGUGCUGCCUGCCACCGGGUGCUGCCUCGCGGGAUGGUGUGCGGGCGGCUGCGGACUCUGCUCUUGUUCCUGUGCGAGCCCUGCACUAACACAGCCCUGGGGAAAAGGGGUCCACGUGUGCCUCCCCAAAUUAAUCGGAGGUGUGAUGGGGAGGCGGGUGCCAAAGCCUGUCUCCGCUUAGUCUGGGUGCGCAGCAUGCGCCUGGGCUCCCUGUCCUCCUCACCCCGCUGGGAGCCCCGGGGGGCGCUGGGGUGGCUCGGGAAUGGCCCCGGGGUCUGAGCUCCUGCCUGGUGGGGGCUGCGCUCCCCCGUCCCACGGCUGGUCAGUGUUAAAGGGGCUCCUCUGUGCCUGGAGAGGGAUGAGAAACCUCGCACUGAAGCGGUGUGCGCACCUGGAAGCAGGCACAAACAACUUUAACUGAUGAGCUGGAGCCAACCCCCCUCGUUUCUCUGCAGUUUCUUUCUCUGCUCCCUGUAGCUUCACUGAACUCCUUAGCUUGUGGCCGCAGGUCCCUGUGAGGGGACACCGAUGGACCCCACAGCCCUCCCCACGGGGGAAGGCACUUCUGCUGGAGCAGCAGCUUUGUCCAGAGGCUCCGACUGCUGGAGCCUGGCUGGGGCUUUUCCUAGAUGCAGUUAAACUGAGACCUGACUUAGGUAUGGGUAUUCCCACCCCUCGUUUUUUUCUGCCUUUCUGUGGCAUUUUAGUAGAUGCAGGUGAGGAUGGGGAACGGCUCUCGAACUCUCAGGUGGUUGUGAAGAUGUACGAGUUUGGGCCCUAUCCUGCACCCAGCAAGGCUAACAGGGAGCCUGCAGCGGGUGCUGCUGGGGCCAGGGCACGGCACGCGCUGGGGCUGCCCCCAGCCUGGCCCUGCCUGCUGCUUGGCUUUAUUCACGGCGUGAGGCCUCCGUGCUGCUGUAUUUAAUCCUGAAGUGGCGUGCUGCUCCGAGCUGGUGCUCUGCAGUGGGCACGGGGCUCGAUGGGCACGGCACGGCCACCCCCAGCACUGGCUUGGCUCGAGGGUCACCCAGACGUGCUGCCUUCCCUUUGCUGUGGCCAGGUCGGUGUCAGGAGCUGCCGGAGCAGGACCAGGCCCCUGCCCUUCGUCCUGCUGUGUCCCCCGGGGCUCCUGGCAGCAGGGUCCCGGCCGUGGCACCACGGGCAUGGUCCCUGCGAGCGUUGGUGUGUAAAUCUGUACAUAAAUGAAGUCUGUGGAUACAAACCUCUGCAAUAGCUUUUGACUGGUAACCGGAUAGUUUUGUACUGCACCAUCCUGCCUCAGUGAUGCCGAUUUCUUGUGCAAUAAACGACAAGCAGCUGCCGA